UGUCUACAGUGCGUUAUCUCUUUUGAAGCCUCCCUUUUCCCAUUCCCUGACCAAAAGUCCUUUUUUCCCUCUCACUCUCUCUCUCUCUCUCUCUCUCUCUCCCUCUGCCAGGUAUAACUUCUUCACAGGUUGCCCCAAGGCCAAAACCUGCACGAUUAUCCUGCGAGGCGGCGCAGAACAGUUCAUGGAGGAGACGGAGCGUUCCCUGCACGAUGCCAUCAUGAUCGUACGAAGGGCGAUCAAGCACGAUUCCGUAGUCGCCGGCGGCGGAGCGAUAGAAAUGGAAAUCUCCAAAUACCUGCGAGAUUAUUCCAGAACCAUUCCGGGCAAGCAGCAGCUGCUGAUCGGGGCGUACGCCAAAGCCCUGGAGAUUAUUCCACGCCAGCUUUGCGACAACGCCGGCUUCGAUGCCACCAACAUCCUCAACCAGCUCCGAGCCAGGCACGCCCAGGGGGGCACCUGGUACGGCGUGGACGUGAACAACGAAGACAUCGCCGACAACUUCGCCGCCUGCGUGUGGGAACCGGCCAUCGUGCGCAUCAACGCCCUGACGGCCGCCUCCGAGGCCGCCUGCCUCAUCGUGUCGGUGGACGAAACCAUCAAGAACCCCCGGUCCACCGUGGACGCCCCUCCCGUGGGCCGUGGCCGAGGGCGAGGCCGGCCACACAACCACUGAAGAAAGGCCCAGGCCUAUUUGUCGCGGGGCGGGAGAGGCGGGAAUGGGGACGACC